AUGUCGUUUAUUGAAGGUAUUGGUGAUGAUUUUCUAUAUGCUUUUGGUUUUUUACUUUUUAUUGGUAUUGUUUCCCUUGCUUGGCUUUCAACACGUGUAAAUCAUAUUCAUUUUCCUGCGACAUUAUUUAUUAUUGAACGACGAACACGUAGAAACAAUGAAGAAGAAUCAGAAAGAGCAAGUUCAAUAUCACCAUCAAGAUUAACUCCAUCAAAUGAACAAUCUACAUUUCCAUCAUCUGGAAAUGAAAUACAAACAGAACAUGAUUCUGAUAAUGAAUCAAGUGAUAUUGAUGAAUUUAAUUCUGAACAAACACCAUUAGUAACAGAAUCAAAUACUACAGAAGUACAACAAUCACAAUGUAGCCAUACAAAUUCUAUAGAAAUAAAUCAUCAACAACAAACAACGUCUAAUGAACAAGAAACUCAAUCAUUAAGAAUUACGAUUAAAUUUCUUAACGAUACUAAAAAGGAAAUAAUAGCUAAUCCAAAUGAUACAAUAUCAAAAAUUAAACAAUUACAUUUUGCUGAUGAAUUAUCAAAUAAUAAAAUGAUUCGAUUUAUAUAUCAAGGUCGAGAAUUACAAGAUCAUGAAACUCUUCGUACAUAUAAUAUUCGUGAUCAAACAACUAUACAUUGUCAAAUAAGUGCAAGACGUCAUGAAUCAACAAAUCAAAGAAAUGAUGGAAUAUCAUCAGGAACACAUAUAAAUCAAAAUGGAUUUGAUACAUCAACAUUUAUUGAUUCAUCACCUGUUAAUAUUUCAUCGCAUUUUAUUAUUUUAUUAACAUUAGUUCUUGGAUUUGUAUGGUAUUUACGUAUUAAAUAUCGUGUUUUAUUUUCACCUAUAUCAACUGUUAUUCUUGUAUUAAUAACACUUAUUUUUUUAAUAUUUACAUGUGGUUCUUUCUUAGCAACACGUCGACAAUUAUUAAAUAUUCGACAACCAACAACAACAAUUGCUAUAACACCAAUACAACAUGUUCAUCUUGAUUAA